AUGGAAUCCAGUACAAACCCAGAUCCUACUGCGUUGGCCCUACAAAUCCAAUUGCUAUCAGCAACCAUGGAAGAACUUACAAGACAGAACCAAGAGAUGAAGCAACGACUGCUGCAGGAAAGUAAUCGUGCAGACAAGGGAGACGACGAAGACAGCAACAGAAGGCGAACCAGCACUCCGGAGGAAGCAAGCUCGGAUCUUUUAAGAGAGAUGAGGAAAGAGAUGAACAAACUAAGAAAUGCCAUCAAAGGAAAGACGGACCAAAGCUUGGAGAGAAUCGUCCGGAAGACGGAUUCACCCUUUACCAUAGCCGUCCAGGAGUGCCCUGUACCCUCCAAGUUUCGUCUACCCCAGCUGGAACCUUUUGACGGGCUGAAAGACCCCUUGGAUCACCUGAACACCUUCAGGACGACCCUAGGUCUCCAACAGCCGCCUGACGAGAUCUUGUGUCGCUCAUUCCCUACGACACUCAAAGGAGCAGCCAGGAAAUGGUUCAACAAGCUGCCUACAUCAUCCAUUGACAAUUUCGAGCAGUUGAGCAAUUCCUUUGUCCGUCAUUUCGUAGGCGGGCAACGACCAAAGAGAACUGCCGACCACCUGCCUACCAUCAGACAAGGAGAGAAGGAACCACUGAGGUCUUACGUGACACGUUUUACCCGAGGAAUGCUGGAAAUAGACGAGACAUAUGACAAGGUACAUCUCACGACCUUCAAAGCAGGAUUGAAGUCCAAGGAUUUUGUGGCAUCCUUGGCAAAGAACCCCCCUAGGACGAUGGCCGAGGCACUGUUGAAAGCUCAGAAGUAUAUGAACGCGGAAGAAGCCCUGGCAGCUAUUGACGGAGCAGAUAAGAGUAAGGAAAAGAAGAAAGAAAAGGAGGACGAUCGAAGAGGGCUAAAACGAGAUCGGGCUGACAGACGGAAUGACGAUGGAAAUCGAAGGAGGGAGGACAAAAACCCUCGUCCAUCAAAAUUCACCCCACUGGUGAUACCAGUCGAUCAAAUUCUAAUAGAAAUAAGGGACGAACCGUCCCUAAAGUGGCCAAAACCACUACAUUCAGCACCUGGAUUGCGCGAUAAGAGGAAAUACUGCCAUUUCCACAAAGAUCACAUGCAUUAUACAGAGGACUGCAGGGACCUAAAAGAACAGAUUGAGGAGCUCAUCCGUAAUGGGAAGCUACAACAGUAUGUAAAAAGGGGGGAUUUCGGCAGGUACGGACAGAAAAGCCAGCCAGUUAAUACACGGAGAGACGAAGAUCGCCCCCAACCUCGUCCACAAAGCGCACUAGGGGAAAUAAAGACCAUUGCUGGGGGACCAACCACCAGGGGAUCAUUCAAGUCUCUCAGGAAAUCAUACCAAAGAUAG